AAACGUAUAAAGAGCAACAGAAGAAAACGUGCAACAUGAUACGUUUAAAAACGUUGACAUGGUCAUACCCAUUUCUGAUAUGCUUAACGUUACCUUUAAGUAUGAAAUAUUUAUGACGUUUUCAUUAACGUUAUGUUCCUGUUCUUAUGCAUACAUAUAUAUAUAUAUAUUUAUAUAAGAGGAUAAACAUUUCAUUAAAUGAAUACUAAAUUAUAAUUACAACAAACUAAAGAUAUCAAUAAUUUUGUUGUUAUUUUAAAUAUGACGGUACAUUACUUGGCGUUACACUGGCUCCAAAGUCAAACACAGACGUGUUAACAAAUUUAUAAUUAAAAAUAACUAAAAUAAGAAAACUAUGAAAAUAAUAUGAUGUUGUAAAUAUUUAUUUUAAUAUCUAAAUGGGUAAAAUAUCGAUCUUUUUUAAAACAUCAUUUCACGAACACUAAUACAAAAAAAAAUUUUCAUUUUGCUUUACAGAUCAAGAACUAGCCGUUAUAUAUCUUGCCUAAAUUAUAACGUAUAUGCUUAUAAGUGCAUCAUUGAACAAAAUAUUUAAGAAGCAAUUAAACACUUAGAAAUUAUUUUAAAUAUAAUUUAAUGCAUAUUGUAGCAGCGUCCCACAGUAGUCCCACCCGUUAUUGGCGAACAUGUUGCUUGAUCAACUAAUGAUUCAUUGUCUCCUCUGUGCUUUACUUGAUGGGCCAAACUGUUGCUGAUCAACUAAUGCUUCAUUGUCUCUUCUCUGCUUUACUUGACGGGCCAAAAUGCCGCUGAUCAACUAAUGCUUCAUUGUCUCUUUUUUGCUUUACUUGAUGGGCCAAAUUGUCGCUGAUCAACUAAUGAUUCAUGAUCUAUUCUCUGCCUUACUUGAUGGGCAAAACUGUAGCUGAUCAACUAAUGUUUCAUUGUUUCUUCUCUGCUAUACUUGAUGGGCCAAACUGUAGCUUAUCAUAUAAUAUUUCAUUGUCUCUUCUCUGCCUUACUUGAUGGUCCAACAUGUAGCGGAUCAACUAAUGAUUCAUGAUCUAUUCUCUGCCUUACUUGUAUCUGAUCAAAUAAUGUUUCAUGGCCUAUUCUCUGCCUUACCUGAUGGGCCAACCUGUAGCUGCCCAGCUAAAGUUUCAUUGUGUCUUCUCUGCCUCACUUGAUGGGCCAAUCUGUAGCUGAGCAGCUAAUGUUUCAUUGUCUCCUCUCUGCCUUACUUGAUGCCGAAGAUUGAAAGAAAUCUCAACAAUCACACUAAAAAAACUCACCUUCCCCAUUCUUUAUUUUGUUAGCGGUGAUAUAGGGCUUAAGUGGGGUGGAGGUGGCGGAAAGCAUUUGGGGGGGGGGUGGUGGGAUGGGGAUGUGAGGUUUCAAGCAAAAAAAAACAAAACAAAAAAACUAUAAGUUUUUAUCUGUUUAAAUCAUCAUUUUCUAUAAUUAUUUCUCAUUUUAAAUGAUACAUCUUCUCAUAACGCUACAAUACAUCUUCUCAUAACGCAACAAUACAUCUUCUCAUAACGUUACAAUACAUCUUCUCAUAACGCUACAAUACAUCCUCUCAUAACGCUACAAUUUAAAACUUCGCUUGACGCCAAUUUCACGGUCAAUGAUUUUUUUUCUUAAUUCUUCAUCAGCGCUUGGCCUCGAUCCGAUAUUAGACAAGAUGGAGGUUAAAGACGGUGAUAGAUUCUCCAUGACUUGCGAUGUAAAUCGUAUUGUUGACGGCGUUACACGAUGCAUGUUAAUGAUGCUACAACUAUUCUAUAACAAGCCAUUAGAGAGUGCAAAGCUGCUGACACACUAUGAUGGCACCCCCACGAAAGUAAGACCUGUUAGACAUAUUGAACAUAAAUAACACAUGUAUUCAAAUAGUCAUCGUUUUAUUGAAAAUCUAAACCAUAAAGCAACAUUCCCAACUAAGAUUUGAUAACAACAAUUGCAGUCCGGUAUGACUCGAGGCACGAAAGGACGUGAUCUACACAGGAGAGUUCUUGUUCAGGCCUUAUCAUUUUUACAUUUAAUUCUUACACAUGUCAUCGAUCAAAUUCAUUAAUGAUGGUUCGUGCCUAAAUUUAUUAAAUCAUUUUUUUAAUGACGUUUUUUGUAACAAUGUAGCCGAAUGUCCCUGACGGAAGAAACUGGACGUUUGAGUUCACAAAGAGUGCGACUAACAAAUUGGACGAAACGCAAGUGAAGCUCAUGGUGAAUGACGCCAAAUGUAGCGAUGCUGGUUUUUACACAUGUGAAUGCUUUGGCUCUUCAAUGGAACCGUUUUUUACAAUAUCUGAAUUGAAAAGAAGCCGUAAGUCUCUCUUCCACCCCCCCCCUCUCUCUCUCUCUCUCUCUUUCUCUCUCUCGCUAUACUUAUAUAUAUAUAUAAAUAUAUAUAUAUAUAUAUAUAUUUAUAGUAGCCGAUCUUCCCGGCAUUUGCCAAGAUAGCAUUCAAAGCAAAGGAACUGCUACAGGCUUCUAAUUAACGUUAAAUUUAAGCAUCGUUGUUAAAAAUGAUAAUAACAAAGCCAUCUCAUUUUAAAACAGAUUUAUAAUAACUUGAGUAAACCUUUCGUUCCUCGAUAGGAUUCUGAUCAUAGAGGGAACACAAUAGGAUCCCAUUUCCCGAUGGGAUCCCUUUUUCCGAUAUAUCAUUGAAUCAGGAGGAAUCCUGACCCCUUUUCGAUCCCAAUCCAGUUGGAUUUCGAUCGCUGUGGGAUCCUGAUCUAUGUGGGUUCCCUAUCCCGGUUGAUCCCAAUUCCGGUUGGAUCUAGAUCCCUGUGGGAUUCCAAUACCAGUGAGUUCGCGAUCCUGCUGUUUUUCUGAUCCCGGUGGGUUCCUAACGCCGUCACUAUCCAGAUCCCGUUAAUAUAUCGUUUCCCGGUGGGAUUCUGAUCACUCUGAAUCCCAAUUCUGUUGGAAUCCCAAUCCCGACGGUGUUCCGAUUCCGAUUGAAUUUCGAUCACUGUUUGGUUUCUUUCCACAUAGACUCGAGUUUUUAAUAAGAUCCCGAUACCUGUUGGAACCCGAUUCCGAUGGGAACCCGAUUCCAUUAGGUUCCCUUUCCCGGUAAGAUCCCGAUCUUUUUGCCCUCCUUAUCAUGUCGGUAUUCCUAUCCCUAUUGAAACCCGAUACCUGUAGAAUCGGAUCCCGGUAGUAUUGAGUUUCCGGAUAGGAUCCCGAUCCCGUACGGAUCUCUAUCCCGUUGUUAUUCCGUUCCCGGUGGGAUCCUGAGCUUGGUGGGAUUCCUGUCACGUUAGCAUCCUGAUCCCCUUUAGGAUCCUAUUUCCUGGUGGGAUUUCGAUCCCUCUAAAUCCCAAACGCCGUGGAAUCGCGAUCCCAUCAUUAUUUAGAUCCGGGUGGAAUCUCGAUUCCAUUAAGAUCCCUUUACCGAUGGCUUCCGGAUAACGGCGGGUCUUCGGUAGGUUCAAGUAUUCCGAUAAGAUUCCGAUCCGAGUGUGAAUUCGAUCCCUGUUAGAAUGCUGAUCCCGUUUCCUGGUGGGAUCCUCUCCUCUGAAGGGAUCCCAUUUUCUGCUUGGAGGCCGAUCCCUGUUUGAUCUCGUACUCAUUCUGAUCUCGUUACCGUUGUGUUCAUUGUACUGCUGGAUCGAUGUCAACGUUACUAUAAGCUUUUAUAUUAUCUCAUCCGUCGAUUAUAUAGAAAUUUCUGGAACAUUCUAGAGUAAAUGUAAUAUCCUCCUCGAAACGUGUAAACAAUAUUUGUCUAACUAAUUAUUUUUCGAGCACGAAAAUUAUACAACGAAAUUCACCGCUAUACCAAUAAUAUAUUUAAUCUGAAAGAGGGGCCCCAUUGGGGGCCCAUUUCAUAAUUGUAUAGAAUAAGUUUUGACUGAGUUGUUGUUGUUUUUUUUUGGGGGGGGGGGGAGGGUACGCUAUAAAAAUCACUGAUCUUAAUUUAAAAUCCACCGAUAUUUCAAUACGAACAAUGACGUGUAUUCCUACCAGGCCAGACCUAUAUCCUUCAAGUCAAAUAGAACCUAAAGCGUUGUCUAAGCCUAUUGAUAUUUAUUUUGCCUAUAAAAGGAAAAAAAAUUGGCCCCCAAAGGAAUAGUUAUUAUGAGUUCAGUACCCUUAGGUAUUUGAAUAGGUAUAAUUAAGUGUAUGUAAGGUUCAUGAUAAGGUAAUAUAAGAUACGAUUCUUUUAUUGAUUAAAAAAAAAGGAUUUUUUAAAAAUUGCAUUGUACAUUUUCAGAACAUAAAUAAAACAAUUUGAACACAAGAAAUCUACAUUAAAUAAAUUCACUAGUAAAAAAAAGCACGCUGGUAAAUUCGUACAGAUAGGGGAACAAAUGAAUUUUUAUAUCUUUAAGUUCUUGCCAUGAGAGAUAAAAUUCGUCUUAAGUAUCUGUGAUGAAGAGGGUGGGAUGUAUCAUCCAAAAUGUGUUGUGUUUAACAAUAAAAUGUUUCUUCAAACAGUUCUGUAACUGAAGGAUGUUUAGUUUGUGUUAUGUUCCUAGUUUUAUAGAUUCAUAUAUGUAUUUUAUGUUUAAUAUCAGACAAUGAAUUUCCACGCCAGCAGGUAAUGUUAAGAAUUAAAUAGGCUUCCAAUUGUUGGACUGUUGAAUAAGAAAACGACUUGUUUGUUUACGCCCAAAUUGUACACUUAUUUGAGUUAGAACAAUAUUUUUUUUAAAAUUUUUUAUGCAGGAUUUUGCCGAGCUCAUGCCAUGUUUGCUUAUUAUCAAUGGUGACGCCAUAUAUAUAUAUAUAUAUACUUUCUCUACACUUUCAUUUUUAAGUUGAGAUCCGUAAUCUCCGGAAACCAACAUCACUUUCCCUUGUUUUUUUAAAAGAUAUUAAGUUACUUCAGGUGAUCAAUAUGCAUGCAGUAGGUUUUCAGCCUGUGCCUGAAAUAUGUUUGUUGAAUAUUCUGCAUCGAAAUCAAAUGUUUAAUGCUUUUUUGUUUGUUUUAAUUUGUCUAAUCCCAUAAGCUACCUGUGAUUUAACGACAUCCAAGGCCGUCACUUCAGUUGCGGCUACAAAGAAACCAACGAAUGCGUCAGUUAACCUGGGGUCCCCAAAGAUCUUCUUCCUGAUUCUUCUUGCGGUCGUCGUUGUCGAAAUGAAAUGUCAUGUCAACAGGGGCUUGCCAGCAAGCAGAGGCGUAGAAAGACUCAAUUCUACCGAGGGCGGGACAUGUUCUGAAUAA